UCACUCACCAAGCUUCAGUUCUUCUACCUGUGGUGAAGGAGAACCAAACAACCAGCUGAUCAAACCAACCAUGGCCAUGAGGGCUCUCGUGCUGCCCCCCUCGCAGAGCUCCUCGUUUGGGCUUCACCAGAGUAUGCCAUGCUUCAAACCAAGCAGUGCCAGUCCCAGAUCAGUGAAGGCCUACGCAAAAGCAGAUGAGGAGGAGGAGAAGGUGCCCAAGCAGUCCUUGUUCGGGAACAUCACGGAGGCGCUGGACUUCUCCCAAGUUCGGUCAGAGAAGGAUGCGGAGCUGCUGUAUGAAGCCAGGGAUUCCAUCAAAGAGGAAGGAAGGAUGACAAGGGAACAGUAUGCAGCCCUUAGGAGGAAAAUUGGUGGCACUUACAAGGAUUUCUUCAAGUCAUAUGUUGAUGUUGAUGGGGAAUAUGUGGAGGAAGGUUGGGUUGACAAGACCUGCAAAGUUUGCAAGAAAGACACAAGGGGCGAGCCAAGGCAGGUUGACAAACUAGGAAGAUAUAUGCAUGUGGCAUGCGCACAGAACUCUAAACCGACGAACUUCUUUUCCAAACUCUUCGGCAGAUGAACUUCUUUUUACCAUCAUACCCAUUGUUUGACUCAUGGUUAGAUAAAUAGAUGGAUGUUAUAACCUCAAGGAAUUAGAACUGUAUUGGGCUGUCUAUGUGAAUUGGAAUGGAGGAGAAGAUGCACAUUCCAACUCAA